GGCGGGACCGGCGCAGGCCCAGUGGCUGAGCGGCGCCAGGGCCGCCCCGCUCCGCCCCGACCUGCCCGCUCCGACCUGGCGGUGGCUGCGGUACAAAGCCAAGGAUGCGCUAAACUCCGCCGGGCUCACUGUCUCCAGCGCUCAUCACAGAAGUCAUUCUAAAACUGAGCAGCUGAAAUAUGUGAAUAAUUACGUAAAUUAUGUGAACAGGUGUGGUGUCUAUCUGAAGAACAUUGUAUUUUAAAAGAAAAGAUGCUGUCUUCAAAUGAUAAAAAGUUAGGAAAACUGGAUCCAUUUUAUCCAUCUUUGGUAUCCAAGCCGAAGACCAGUGCAGAAAUCAUAAGUGAAGCACGAAAUGCAUUAAGAACAGUUAGAACCCAAAGACCAUUUACACCUCGGGAAGACCAAAGGAAGCUAUUUGGACCUGCAUCAUCAAGAACACCAGAAAAUAGGCCUCCUUCCUCCUUCAGCCUCCAUGCGUCCAGUUUUGAGUUAUCUGACUCCAGGCUUAUAUCUGGCACUCGUCUCAGUCCACUAGAACUGAAACCGAAAGCUCCGGCAUCUCCCAGCGCAGAGGAGGAUCCUUGCUUUUCCUUUCCUAAACCCCCCGUGGACCCUGUGAAGAUUAGAAGAAUAAGCAGUGCCCGGGCGCGCUUAUUCAGGGCAGCCUCCCAGGGGGCUCUUCUGCCGGACAGAUCCUUUCCCGCCGAGUCAAAGAAGACCGUGGUAUCCAAAGAAAUGGUCAUGAUGGGGAACUCUAUGGUGGAAAUAAGUGGGACUUAUUUAAGAGACUCAAACACCAUUGGCCAUUUGAAGAGCCAUCCUUUUCAACUAACUUAUGAUGGAGGCUUCAGAGAAAUCAAACAGCAAGAAGGGUUCAAAGGAACAACAUCCUUACCAUCUCGUCUCGGAAGUGGAGGGGACCAGGGGAAGAGGCGCGCCAGGGCUUCCUCUUGCCCCAGCAGCUCCGACCUGAGCAGGCUGGAAACCAAAGCAGUCUCAAAAGCCAACUUGCAAGAAAAGGAUACCGAAAUAGAAGUAGAUGAAGUCUUUUGGAAUACAAGGAUCGUACCAAUUUUGCAUGAAUUAGAAAAGGAAGAGAACAUUGAAACAGUUUGUGCUGCUUGCACACAACUUCAUCACGCUUUAGAAGAAGGAAACAUGCUUGGAAAUAAAUUUAAGAGAAGAAGUAUUCUCCUGAAGACUCUGUAUAAACUAGUUGAUGUUGGUUCAGACUUGCUCAGCCUUAAACUUGCAAAAAUUAUCCUUGCACUAAAAGUGAGUAGAAAGAAUCUACUUAAUGUCUGCAAACUUAUAUUUAAAAUUAGCAGGAAUGAGAAGAACGAUUCGCUGAUUCAAAAUGACAGCAUCCUAGAAUCAUUAUUAGAGGUACUGAGAAGUGAAGAUCUGCAAACUAACAGUGAAGCUUUUUUAUACUGUACGGGGACUAUUAAAUUCAUUUCCGGAAAUCCAAGAUUUCUUAAUGAAAUGAUCAGCAAAGGUGCUGUAGAAAUAUUGACAAAUUUGGUAAAGCAAAUAAAGGAGAACACCAAGAAAUGUGAGACGUGUUUGCCUAAUUCAGGCCACUUGUUAGUCCAGGCAACUGCUACAUUGAGAAACUUGGUUGAUUCACCGCUAGCAAGAAGUAAGUUCUUGAGCAUCAGCACCCUUCCCCAGCUCUGCACAGUGAUGGAGCAGUACAUGGAUGACAAGGACGUCUGUACCAAUAUUGCCAGAAUAUUCAGCAAACUAACUACUUAUCGUGAUAGCUGUGCAGCCUUGGCCAACUAUUCCAGAUGUUAUGCCUUAUUUUUGAAUCUGAUAAACAAAUACCAGAAUAAGCAGGAUCUAGUUAUUCGUAUUGUUUUUAUUCUUGGCAACCUGACAGCAAAGAAUAACCAGGCUCGGGAACACUUUUACAAAGAGAAAGGGAGCAUGGAGACACUGCUCUCAUUAUUCCAGACCUUCUACCAACUCGAUCUGCAUUCGCAGAGGCAGGCACCUCCAGGAGCCAAUAGGCCUGUCGCUCAGAGGCCACCAUCAGAGGUGGAGGACGUACUCAUCAAGCUGACCCGGGUGCUGGCCAACAUAGCCAUUCACCCAUGCAUUGGCCCCGCUCUGGCCACCAAUCCACAAGUCGUGGGCCUGCUGCUGACCACACUGGAAUACAAGUCCCUUGACGAGUGUGAGGAGCUGGUGAUCAAUACUACAGCAACAAUCAACAAUUUGUCUUUCUACCAAGUGAAGAAUUCCAUAAUCCAAGACAAAAAGCUAUCUAUUGCUCAAUUGCUCUUAAAGCUUCUUGUGAGUAACAACAUGGAUGGAAUCCUGGAAGCUGUGCGUGUUUUUGGAAAUCUCUCCCAAGACCAUGACAUCUGUGAUUUCAUUGUGCAGAACAAUGUACAUAAAUUCAUGAUUGCGCUGCUGGACGCUAAGCAUCAGGACAUUUGUUUUUCUGCCUGUGGUGUUCUCCUCAAUCUCACUGUGGAUAAAGACAAGCGGGUCAUCCUCAAAGAGGGAGGCGGCAUUAAAAAGUUGGUAGAUUGUUUAAGAGAUUUUGGUCCUACUGAUUGGCAGCUGGCCUGCUUGGUUUGUAAAACUUUAUGGAACUUCAGUGAGAAUAUCACAAAGGCUUCAGCAUGCUUUGGAGAUGAAGACAUCAACACACUCCUAGUCCUGUUGUCAUCAUUUUUAAGCUGCAUAAGUAUUAGAUCUCAGCAUAAUCCGGACAUGGUGGUGCAUGCCUAUUAUCCCAGCAGCUUUCGAGGCAGGAGGAUUGAAAGUUCAAGGCCAGCCUCAGCAACAUAGUGAGGCCCUAUCUCAAAAAAUAAAAAGGGCUAGGGAUGUGGCUCAAUGGUAAAGCACUUCUGGGGUCCAUUCCCCAGCAUCCUUCUCCCCAAAUAUAUAUUAUAUAUAUUUAUGAUCUCAGCCUAAUGUAUCUGUUGUUUAAAAGUAUGCAAAUAAUGUUGUAAUUGAGAAAAUAUGAUUAAAAAGCUACUCUGAAUUGUCAUGCUUUUAAAUGAAUCUAUACAUUUUAAUUAGAAACUAUGCUAAAAAUGUCACGUGGAGAAGGGUCUGUGAAACUAUUUUGGGGUACAGUGGGGUCCAGGGCCAUGAAAGGUAGAUACUGAAAUUUCUCAAAUCAAAGAGGUUCAUUUCUUACAUUUAAACCUUUUUUAUUUUUAGGAUAAUUUUUUUUUUUCAACUUGGGUUUGAUCUGGAAACAAUGAUUUGGGUCAGUAAAAGAGUUGAGUGUUUCCAGUGAUCCUUUUCCCCACCUGCAGGAACCAUGCCCAUCCUUGCCCAGCCUCUGUGUUGGAUCUUCGAGGCUGUGUGGAAAGGUGCUGUGUGAGUCAGAGCAGCGGGUUCAAAUCUUCCUGUCUGGUUUUGGGAUGACUGGACAAGAGGACCUCCCCUCCCCUGGCCUGUCUUUAUAUCCCUAAAAUGGGGGAGAUGAUAAUACCUGCCUGCCCCAGGGAGUUAGUUGUGAGACUCAAACAAGUAUCCUGGGAGUACAGUGAAGGCCUGUAGUCAAACAGUUCUGAGUUUAGGUCCUUGUCCUCACAAAUUUUUAAACCUUGGUUUUGCCUUUCUGAAUUUAUAUUUUAUCACCACUAACAUGGGGGUGACCCAUGGAGGGUCGUUAGGGUCGUAAAUGAGCAGAUGUGUACCAAGAGCCUAAUACCAUGUCUGACACCUAGCAAGUCUUCAAAAGAUGGCUAAAGUGCUUUAUAAAUGCUAAGUGUUGUGACGAUAUAUUACUGAACAGGAACCAAGACCCAGGUGUUGUUCAAAUAAACAGUUUUGCUAGGCUGUUGUGAAGUUUGUUUUUCCAGGUAAAUAAAAUUUUGCAUGUUUUUAUAAUACUGAAUAAGACAAAUAUAAGAUUUUAAAUUAUUGAGAUUCACAGUCUGCUUUGUGAAUGUUAAACUCUCAGGGUGCAGGAAGUAGAAGUGCAUGCUCAGGUUGCCUUAAUUCAGUUCUCAAUAAGGACAGAAUAUUGAAAUCAGCCGUGGAGUUAAAGAAAACACCUGCUGGGCCCAUCCAUGGCAAUUCUGCUUCAGGAACUCUGGUGGGAGGCUGAGAAUCUGUGGUUUAUAAAGUUCCACAGGUGAGCCAAUGUGGUGGUGCUCCCCGGUAAUCCCAGGCACUCGGGAGGCUGAAGCAAGGAUCACAAGUUGGAAGCCAGCCUCAGCAAUUUAGCUAGGCCCCAAACAAUUCAGUAAGACCCUGUCUCAAAAUAAAAAUAAAUAAAAAGGACUGGGGCCGUGUCUCAGUGGUUCAUUGCCCCUAGGUUCAAUCCCCAGUACAAAAAUAAAAUAAAAUAAAAUUCCACAGGUGAGUCUGAUAUGCAGCCAGGUUAGUGAGGCGGUUAAGGAAAGGAUGCACAGGGAGAAGGAAGCAGGAAAUAAAUACUGCCUAAGCCUCCAGGAGAAGCUCUCAGGAGCCAUAGUCCCCAGAGGCCCUGCAGUGGCAGUGCCCCCUUUCUAGAGAUCCAGCUCUGCUCUCUCCCUGCCGUAAUGGAAAAGGCUGGCUUCCCUGCCUCUCGAUCCCUCCAGACUCCUGCUUGGUCAAGGCUCGCACCUCAGGCUUCCCCCCAGGCCGUACUUGUAUGCAUCUCCCGUGUCUCCCCUGUGGUUUGCACGCUUUUCUGUCUCCCACUCCAGGAGAUGUGACUGGCUCAGUGAGUCAUUCUCCUGUGGUGUAAAGGCUGCUGCCUCUGUGACAGGCUAUUGUGACUUCCUUUGUUACUUCAGUCUGGGUGAUCAGCUAUGAAAAGCAGAGGAUGAGACCACAGGGCAUGAAGACCCAUCAGAAGAGGGCGUGGCUGUGGCCAGCUUCUCCGGAGGAGGCAGUUACCUGGAGGCUUCCCUAUAGCUGGCCUGCUGCCUCCCAUCCCUUCUCAACCUUGCCUUGCGGCCACAUUGGGCUUGAACUCGUUUCUCCAGCCUCUGGCCUUUGUGCAUGCCUUAUACCCUGCAUGGCUGUGCAGACGCUGCUGCCCUUGCAGGCCCUAAUAGCUUAUGAGGCCCAGGGCCAUAGUCUCCCCAUGGGAAUCUGCACUCCUUUCAGAGCAGUUAAUGAGCCCUGUGUUUCUCCUGUAUUCUCGUUUUUUGUGUUUAUUUCCUCAUUCCAACUGAACCACUUUGGGAAAGGAUAGUCCCUCCUAUGAAGUUGGUGCUUGGUACAUGCUUGUGGACUGGCUAGCAGUAGUGGUAUAUCUUUGUUGUAAUAGUGAUCUUGGCUUUCGGGUUUGGUGGGAAGGGUUGGGGUUCUAUUUGAUGUACUGGGGAUGGAACCCAGGACCUUGUGCACACUAGGCAAGAGCUCCACCUCUGGGCUAUGCCCCCAGCACUCAGAGGGCUGUAUACUUUUAAAAGCAUGCUCAUUUGUCCUCACAAGAUGUUUCUGAGGUUUACUAAGUGACAGAUGAGGGAAAUCGGUCUAGAAGGCUUAGGUGACUUACCUAAGAUUAUACUGGAGUGAAGCUAGGACUUUUCCUGAGACAUUAAACAUGUAGCCUGUGUUUUUCUGCCGUCCUAUUAUAUAGUACACUCCGACUCCACCCCAUCCCAUGGAAGGAGACUGCGCAUGGAUAACAAAAAUAAACACAGUUUGAUCAGGGAGCCAAGUCACCGGACAAAGCAUGACAGUUCUCAGGGUGACCAAGAGCUCUUCUUAUGAAUUAUGAAGCCUGAGCCCUGGGGGCUAUGUAGUCUAUGCCGCUUCUUGGCUUUUUUUUUUUUUUUUUGUAAGCCAUUACUUCUGACAGGGUCAUGGCUGUGUCUGGCUAGUUGGGCAUCAGCAAGUGAAAUGUGAUGGGGUGAGAGCAUACUUGAAUUCAAUUCUUUUGCAAAGAUAGCUUCAAAAACAGGCUAUUUUGGGGCUGGGUUUGUGACUCAGUGUAGAGCACUUGCCUAGCACGCCUGAAGCACUGGGUUUAAUCCUCAGCACCACAUAAAAUAAAGGUUAUCGUGUCCACCUACAACUAAAAACCAAAUAUUUAAAAAAAAAAAAAGCUAUUUUGAAAACAGGAUGAACUGUUAAAUCACAAAAGCCAUGUUGAGGUAAAAGUGCUGUUUUUGAAAAGAAUGGCCAGGCAACUGACACAGUCAUCAAAGUUACCUAACUUUCUUGCUGUGGGACUAGGAAAAAGAGUAAUAGUCUUCCACAGCGGUUGAAAUGUUGAUAGCAGUUCUGAAAAGAAGCUUAAAAAUAUAUCAUCUAAAAAUUCCUGGUAAACCACAGUCACUUCUUCUAAACUCAUUGUUGGUGUGUUUAUCUGGGCCUUCUCAAUGAUGGGCCCUGGCUCUCUAGAACAUAACAAACUCCUCAGGAAGUUGGCAGGUGGAGAUGGGUUUAUUGUUGCAAAUGUACAGAACACUGGGUCAUUGUGUGCUCCCUUAUAAGGUGCAUGGAACCUGGCACUCAGGUUUUGUGACAAUCGUGGAAUGGGACCCAGCCUUCCAAUUGGAGGAUCAUAUUGCUGGGCCUAUGCCAAAGAUCCAGUAGGUGCUUCUAGAACGGUGAGGACUGUGCCUUAAGAGAGAUUGAGCAGGGCAGUGACAGAUCCCGCAAACAACUAGCUGUGCUAAAAAGCAGACGAGGAGUAGGGGAAUUUCAUUUAUGCUGUAGGACAUUUGAACUGUAAUGAUACUUGUGUUAUAAUGAUUACUAGCAGCUUUAUUGUUUUGAGUACUGGGGAUUGAAUCCAGGGGUGCUUUAUCACUGAACUACAUCCCCAGCUCUUUUCAAUUAAAAAAGAUUUUUUUUUUUUUUGAGACAGGCUCUCCCUAAGUUGUUUAGGGUCUCACUAAGUUGCUGGCCUCGAACUUGCAAUCCUCUUGCCUCAGCUUCCCAAGUUGCUGGGAUUACAUAUGUGCACCACUGAGCCUAGCUUCUUUGAGUCUUUUGAUACUUUCUAAUACCUUUUCCCAAAUUUUAAUAUUUUGAAAUGUGCAGUACACAAAGAAAACUUAAGAAUGAUUGUCUAUCUGAAUCAGUGCUUCUUCACAUUGUGAGUUAUGAAAUUAACUUAGUUGGUUGUAACCAACCUAAACAAUGAAGUAGCAAAGAAAGAAAAUAUUAGAACAUAUUCUAUGUAGUAAGGGUAAGUAGUCUUAUCAUUUGUUUAUUUAUAUGUGAAUGUCCAAAUGUAUAUAUAUAGUCAUGAUGUAAAAUGUUAUUUCUUAACUGUGAAUCACAGUAGGUUUGAAAAUCAUAGAUCUACAUUUUAAUCAUCACUUUGCUGCUCUUUAUAGUACAAGUUCAAAAUUUUAAUACCCAGGAUAAUAUGAUACUUUUUUAUAUAUUUGCUAGUAUUUGAAACUUCAGGCUGUGUUUCUCUUACUUGUAGCUAUUGGCUAAAUGUAUUAUCUUGUCUAACCCAAAUUGUAAUAAAGAUGAUCUGAGUAUGGAGUAACUGAUUUCUGUAUAGGCUGGACCUCAAGGAAAGUAACGGUCUUAACAUUAGAUUAAAAGGAAAAAAAGGGGGUUGGGUUGUGGUUCAGUGGUAGAGCGCUUGCCUAGCACGUGUGAAGCACUGUGUUCGAUUCUCAGCACAGCAUAUAAAUAAAUUAAUUAAAAGUCCAUCAACAGCUAAAAAAAUUUUAAAAAAAAGAAAGAAAGAAAAGAAACUGCUAGAUACACACACACACACACACACACACACACACACACACACCCCUGUGAUCCAGCUUCAGGAAUCGAAGACAGAAGGAUUCCAGCCUGGGCAAUUUAGUGAAAGCCUGUCUUAAAUUAAGGAAUAAAAAGGGCUGAGGGGUGUCACUCAGUGGUAGAGAACCCCUGGGUUCAUCCCUAGCACUGUAAAACAAACAAAUAAAAAAUGAAACAAACAACAACAAUCCAAAAACUAACAGAUUUCACCAAAACUAUCAAAUCCAAGCAAAGCCUUGGGCAGAGGAAGGGACUACCAUAUUCUUGGGCCACAGUGCUCACCCCUAAGCAGCUUGGGAAAGAAGGGCACAAAACAAGAGUAUUAUUUUCUUAACAAAUAUUUAUUGCUCAGAAAAUCUAGAAAAGAAUGCACAGAAGCUGAUCUAGAUACCCAAAGUCACGUUGCAUCUAGCAGGCUCUUCUCACUGGGAAAGAGCAGAACAGGAAGGGCUUUGAAGACAUCACUGUUUUUUCUUCCCAUCAAGGCCCUAGUUAUCUCAUGGGUGGGGAGAGUCAGGUUUGCUUACAGGGUCUCCAUGGAGUGCCUUGCUGAAGUGUUUAUGCCUGCCCGGAGCUUAUCUCAGAGCUGCAUAGCUGUCCACUUGGUAGCGGGGGAGGAGGGGAAGGUACAUCCUGGGAUUCUGCAGUCUCUUAUCUUAUGCUGGGUGGUGGCAAUAAUGCCCUUAGUGUCAAAGUACACAUUGAGCGUACACAAAUAUCCAGUGUAGAAAAUCUGAUGUAAAUAGUAAUGAAGGAUUUUUUAAAUACAGUUUUAAUUGGCCCUACGGGAAAAAAAAUGUUUGCAAACUGUGCAAGUAGCAACAUUUAUGGUCCUUUUGGAACUUUGUGGUUGCUGUUUAAGAAGUCUGCCCAUUUUCUGACUGGCAAGCCAGCAUAGAAUCUUGAAUGAUCAUUCACUUUCCUCUUUGGGUUGGAUAUACUUAUGGUGUUCACCGAA